AUGAUGUCCCAGUGCUCCGUGGAGCUCUGCAUGCUCCUGAUCGAAGACAACUUUGGAGAACUGUUUGCACGCAUUUUCGCAGUCCUUCAACGCUAUGAGAGACUCACACUUCCUCGACUUAAAUUUUACGCUCGCCUGACCGAUCGCCAAUUGCAUCAUGGACUCUCUGCUAUGAUCCAACACCACCUCGUCUACCAUUUCACUUCCCUCGAUGAUGGUAAUACCUAUUACGAAGCCAAUCCACAUGCCGCAUACUACCUUGUCCGGUCCGGAAAGAUUCUCCAGCUUGUUGAAAGCCGACUAGGAAAAUAUGCGGCCCAGAUCUUGCAAGCAAUCAUGUUCCACGGCCAUGCGUCGAUCGCCCAUCUUGAGACCCUCCCCGAGCUCCAAGCCAAAAAGCACAUCACCAAUGGGGUAAACCAUGACGAAGAACAUGCCGAAGAAAAUGGAGAAAACAUAGAAGAAAAUGGGAACCAUGAACAUAAUGGCGUGUCUAAUGGCAAUCAUGCUGUAAAUGCGAAGCCCCCGCGUUUUCACCCUACCCUCAAAAGUCUUGCGUCUCAUGGAUACAUCAAUAAGGUUCGGGAGGCGCACUUCCAGAGUCCUAAUGAUAACUUCCUGGAUGCCCAGCGCAUCAUUUCCUCAAGGCCAGAUGUUAAACAAAUGAAGGGCAAACAACAAGCCGCCGAGAUCGAGGAGAAGUCAAGAACCCUGAUCAAAGAAAGAACCGAAGGGGAUUUGAGUCGUGGUCUCAUGUUCAAUGGCGUCCCCCAAGGCGUCAAAAGGAAACGAGACCACGGAAAUUCAGAACCUCACCAACAGGUGAAUGGCACCAACGGUGUCAAUGGAAACCAUGGCAAUGACGAUGAUGAGGAAGAGAACGAUUGGUCUGAAGAUGAAGAUGGUCUCGAUUCGAUGCCAAUGGAUUCUCACCUCAUUGUUCGAGUGAACUACGAGAAACUCGAUGUAGCGCUCCGUAACGCACGAUUCCUCGAACUGGCCGAGCAAGACGCAUCUCGUGCUACCACCGAAGUUUAUGAUUGCUUGCUUCGGCGCAUUGAAUAUCAAACAACACGCUGUCGAGAUACAUUUGAGAUUCCACGCGAAGGAGAAGAAGGCGAACAAUAUUCUGCCCCAAUUCAAUUGAGUGCAAUUGUUGCAGACGUCGACCCGCUCCUGGAUCUCUCAGGAUGUAUCGGCCCCAUGGAACCAUCGGUUGUGACAAACCGAAGUGGGAAACGGCCCUUAGACGACGAAACGAGUGGAGUGAACGACGAUGAUGACGAAGAGCCCGCAGGGAGCCGUGCCUACGAAAUCGACCAGCACCUUGGUAUACUCUCGCAAGCACCCUUCAACCUUACCACAAAGCAUGUAAUUUCCGGUCUACCCACAUGGCGAGUUGGCUUCCGAGGUCUGGCUCGCAAGCUCCGCCAUUUGGAACUCGAACGCAUGAUUGAAUCACGGUACGGUGAUGUGGCCUUGCGAGUGGUCCGUGUGAUGCAUGCCAAGGGCAAGCUAGACGAGAAGCGACUGCAAGACAUCAGUCUCCUUCCUUUCAAAGACCUACGCCAAACACUUUCCAGCAUGCAGACGGGCGGAUUUGUCGAUCUACAGGAAGUGCCGCGCGAUGCGCAGCGCCAGCCCUCCAAAACCAUUUAUCUGUGGUACUACGACCCGGAUCGGGUCUGCAGUAGUAUCUUGGAGGACACAUACAAGGCGAUGUCCCGAUGCCUGCAACGCAUCAAAUUUGAGCGCGAGCGCGAACGGGAUUUCCUUGAAAAGACGGAACGAACCGAUGUCAAGGGCCACGAGGAGGAAUUCCUCUCCGAGGCUGAGCUUGAACAUUUGAAAAACUGGAGGGCUAAGGAGGCCUUGCUGCUGGCUGAAGUAUCUCGUUUGGAUGACAUGGUUGCCGUCUUCCGCGAUUAUUGA